AUGACCACAUAUACGGUCGUUUCCGAGUACAAAGAGAGAAUGGGCAUCGCUUCGACUUUGGUUUUCGUCAUUUCGCGAAUCUACUUCCUAAUGGUCUUAGUGAUUUUCCGUAUGGUGAAUCACUUCAAGGCCAAAAAAAUUGUCCCGGCCCCUAAUGAUCCGCUUCUCAUGCUCAGUGCGACGGAAGCUGUCCGGAAGAUCAGGAAACGCGAGAUAACCUCACAACAAUUAAUCGGAGCUUAUACUCAUCGAAUUGAGCAGGUUAAUGAACUCAUCAAUGCUGUCGUAGUAAAGCUUUUUAACGAGGCAAACCAGAAAGCUGGAGAAAUCGAUAAAUCAAUAGCAGACAUGGACGAUCAACAACUUGAGGAGCUCAUUAGAUCCAAACCUCUUCUGGGUGUUCCGUUCACAGCCAAAGAUGCGCUCGAAGUCGAUGGGCAAGUGAUCACAUGUGGUAUUUAUGCUCAGAAGGGAAUCAAAAGGACAUCGACAGCAGAAGUAAUCAAGAGGAUGGAGGCAGCAGGAGCGAUUCUGAUUGCCAUCACAAACGUACCUGAAGCAUGUUACUGGGUAGAGACGUCGAAUGGUAUUUAUGGACUGACAAGGAAUCCCUAUGACACACGGAGAACCGUCGGUGGAAGCAGUGGUGGUGAAGGCGCCCUGAUCAGUGCUGCUGGAAGCCUGAUAGGAAUAGGUAGCGACAUUGGCGGCAGGAUAGUUCCACUUGACGGCCAUGUACCUCCGGUCACAGGCUAUCCAGAAGAAAUGCUACGCGUUGGUCCAAUGUGCCGCUAUGUGGAAGAUCUUCCAAUUCUAACUGAGGUCAAAAUCCGUAUCUUUUACAUGGAAGGCAUACAGAUUCCAACUCUGCAGUCGUUAAGCUGUGAAAUGAGAUCGACUUUGUUAGAGGCUGUAAAACACUUUGAGACGAAGUUUAACGUCGAAGCCAUUCGACUGGAUUUGCUGUUCGCUCAGAAAGCUGUUGAAAUGCUUUUUGCCAGUCUGGAGGUUGAAGGUGAACCGAAACCUAGCGAAUAUUUGCUCAGCUUGGAGGGUGACAAAGGUAAAUUGAAUUGGAAACUCGAGAUUCCGAAGUACUUAGUGGGGAAGUCUGUACAUACACCUGGAGCUUUGUUAGUCGCCAUGAUCGAAGACAUCGAUAGAACGCCAGAAACGGAAAAGGAUGAGUUUCGAAAACUUCGUAGUCGUCUCGUUCGGCAAGUCACGGAAACUCUAGGAGACAAUGGAAUUCUCCUGUUCCCUUCAUGGCCACAGACUGCUCCUUUCCACCACCAAACCGUUUUCACGCCAUUCAACUGUGUCUACACGGGUCUGUUCAACGUUUUGGCUCUACCCGUUGUGCAGUGCCCAAUGGGAUUGGACAGCAGCGGCCUGCCACUUGGAGUUCAGGUGAGGCGUCUAUAG